UUUUGCACAAGAAGAGGAAGUGCUCAGAUGCAAGCAUUGCUACACACUGCACGCAUGUCCCUCAUAGAACAGGAAUAGGAAGUAUGAAGACGACAGGAAAAAAACAAAUCCGCAUCUCGUAGCAGCAGAACUGUUGCGGGCACCAACCGUAAAGGCCUUUGCUUCUUAGCAGUGCAGGUGCUUCUAAAGUAGCUGCGCGCCGUGAAAAGUGAGCGGAAAGGGAGUUUUUGUGAAGAACCGCCGCCGUUAAAAGAUGAGCGAGUCGCUGGAGAGGACUACAGACUGUCCCUUGUCGGUUCUUGAAGAUGAAACCAGUCUGGGAGAGGAGAAAGGGAGCAUAGCAGGUGCAAGCGAGUUAUGCUGGGAAGAUGGAGGCUUACCUGUGGAGCUGCAGAGAGGAAUGGAGACCCUACGAGUGAACAGAGAACUGACUGAUGUGACACUUUGUGUUCAGGGACAUGACUUCCCUUGUCACAGAGCCAUCCUCGCUGCUGCCAGUCAGUACUUUAGGGCAAUGUUUUGCAGUGGUCUCAAGGAGAGUUACGAGGAGCGCGUGGAUAUUAAAGGGCUGGACAGCGGGACAAUGCGCUCCCUCCUGGAGUAUACCUACACCAGCCGAAUCCUCCUCACACACUCAAAUGUCCAGGGAAUACUCGAGGCCGCCAGUCAGUUUCAGUUUCUGCGUGUAGUAGAUGCGUGUGCAGGCUUUCUGAUCAAGUCUAUGCAGUUGGAGAGUUGUAUCGGGAUCCUAAAUCUGGCUGACACCCACGCCCUGGCGGCCCUGAGGACCAAGGCUCAGGACUACAUCACCACUCAGUUCUUUCAGGUGGUCCAGCAGCAGGACUUCCUGGAUCUGCCGGCGGACUCUCUGGAAACAAUCCUGCAGAGGGACAACCUCGAUGUGAAGUAUGAGGAGUGUGUUUUUGAAGCACUCAUGCGCUGGGUGAGAGCGCGGCAGGAGGAGCGCCAUCCUCUACUCGCCAGGCUGCUUUCACACGUGCGGCUGCCGUUGUUGGAGCCGGCGUACUUUGUGGAAAAAGUGGAGUCUGACGAGCUCAUACGUCGGUGCAGUGACGCUUUUCCUUUAUUGCAAGAGACACGGAUCUAUCACCUCUCAGGCAGGGAGGUGGUCUCAGAACGAACCAAACCACGCGUGCAGCACUUUCUCUCCGAGGUCUUCUUGAUCAUCGGAGGCUGUACUAAAGAUGAACGCUUCAUUUCCACCGUCACCUGUCUGGACCCUCUCAGACGCAGUCGGCUGGAGGUCGCCAGGCUGCCAAUGACGGAGAUGGAGGACGAGUCUCAAAACAGAAAAUGGGUGGAGUUUGCUUGCGUCACCUUCCACAAUGAAGUCUACAUAUCUGGAGGUAAAGAGACGCCACAUGAUGUCUGGAAGUAUAAUGGCGCCCUGGACAAGUGGAUCCAAAUUGAGUCCUUGUCAACUGGGCGCUGGAGGCACAAGAUGGCGGUUCAUGGAGGGAAGGUGUAUGCACUGGGUGGAUUUGAUGGAGUUCAAAGACUCGCUAGUGUGGAGGCCUAUGAUCCAUUUCACAAUCGCUGGGCACAGGUGACACCGCUCGCGGUGGGAGUGAGCUCCUUCUCGGCUGCAAGCUUUGACAGAUGCAUUUACGUGAUUGGUGGCGGGCCAAACGGAAAGCUGGCUACAGAUAAGGUUCAGUGCUGGGAACCGGGGACAGACAGUUGGGAACUGCGGGCGCCUAUACCCAUUGAAACCAAAUGCACAAACGCUGUAACAUUCAAGGACUGUAUCUAUGUAGUUGGUGGUGCCAUGCAUGCCAUGUACUGCUACGCCCCUAAGUCUGAUUCCUGGUGCCUCAUCACCCGCCUUGGAGAAAGGGCGAGUUGCGCUAUCGCUGCCUGCAACAACAAGCUUUUCAUUACUGGGGGGAGAGAUAACAAAAACCAAGUCAUCUCCACAGUAAUGUGCUGGGACGUUACCCGAGGAGUGUUAACAGAGGAGUGUGUUUUACCAAUGGGAGUGUCCCACCACGGCAGUGUGACACUGAUGAAGUCCUACACACACAUACACAGAAUAACACCUGCGACAGAGUGCCAAUGACACAGGCCUCUGUUGAAAGGACCGGUAGUUAAAUGACACAUGAAGAGAAGACUUUCAAAAGAAGAAAAUCCUGAUCAUCCUGGUCAUGAUGUUCAUUUGUCAGAGACUUUGUAAAGAGUCAGUCACUAUGUCAAUGCACAAAACUUUAUUUUUAAAUGUGUUUUUUUUUUGCCUUUUUUGAGAUUGAGAAAUUUCCUUUCUUUAUCAUCUUUACGUUCACUCAGCGUUCUUCAUUACAAAAUACACAGCAGAGCAGCAAUGUCAAAAAAGUAAUGAGUAAGACUGAAACUAAAUAAAAUCACUACUACAUCAGUUACAUCAUUA